GAAAUUUAAAUAUUUUUAAAGGUGCUUCAGUUGACAUAUCGAGGUUGGAUGUUAUUCUGGUUUAACCCAGUAUUUGGCUAGUUGUUAUUUAUUGAUCAUUUUCAGUUUGUGCUGUAAACUUUCUGAACGAACGCGCUAAAUAAACAUUAGUUUUGGUUUGGUGUAACUUAACGGCAGAAAACUGGUCGAUGAUUGUUUAUCAGAGAAACUGACAUCUAGCGGCAGAAGGAGUCAUUGCAGUUUUAUCAGUGGUAAAAAAAAAUAUUUGAAUAAACAAUGAAGCUCCUGGAAAACUCAAGUUUUGAGGCCAUUAACAGUCUGCUCACAAUUGAAACUGGAGACUGUAAGAUAAUUGGGCGCAUUGAGAGCUACUCCUGUAAGAUGGCAGGUGAUGACAAGCAGAUGUUCAAGCAGUUUUGUCAGGAGGGGCAACCGCAUGUGUUGGAGGCUUUGUCUCCUCCACAGAGCUCUGGAAUCAGCCCUAACAAACUGAGUCAUAGUUUGGAUGAUGGGGAAGGUCCUCUCUCAGACAAGUGCAGCAGAAAGACGCUCUUUUACCUGAUCGCAACGCUUAAUGAAUCUUUCCGGCCGGACUACGACUUCAGUCGCACCAAAGGCCAUGAUUUCAGCAAAGAGCCCAGUGUUAAUUGGGUGUUUAAUGCAGUAAACAGCAGUUUGUCUGCUGCUGCUGGUGAAGCGUACAGUCAUCUACAGCCUCAGUUAUGGGAAGCCCUGGACAAGGAGAUCAGCCUUGCUGAAUGUGACAUAUACAGUUACAAUCCAGACCUGGAUUCAGACCCAUAUGGGGAAGAAGGCAACCUGUGGUCCUUCAACUACUUCUUUUAUAACAAAAGACUGAAGAGGAUCGUGUUCUUCACGUGCCGAUCUGUCAGUCUCUUCAUGGCUCCACGUGACUCUGGCAUCGGCACUGAGCUGGAUCUGGAGUUGGAUGAGGGCAGCUAUGAAGAAGAGGAGGAGGGAAACAUGGAUGAAGAGAGGUAUGGUGCUCUGUGUGCCUGAUGAAGCCCUCAUCUCUCACUGUCCUCUGAAGCCAGCAAACUCUUGCCUGAGUUUUAAUGCCUGUCCUCCUACUCUGUUUCUUAUGUUUUUGUUUGUUUGUUUGUUUUUAACCUGAUAAAUGUUGUAUUGAAGAGAUUUUCAAGUGCACUCCAACAAACUUUUUUUUUUUUUACUUUUUUGUGUGUUACUUUUCAUUACAUUCAAUACUUUUUUUCCUCUGACAUUUGUCUGAAGCUUGAUAUGUUGUAAUACUUUGUGUUUUUUAUUUUAUUUCCAAAGAGGUCUUUUAAAAUUUGUCUUUAAGUGUUUCUAUGCAGUUUAGGUUUUAUUUCAAAGCUUUUUUGAACCAUUUAUUUAUUCAUGCUCAUAAUUUUACUGGUUUUAUGGCCUCAUAAAGGUUACAGCAGUAUUUCCACUAGGUGGCGUCUUUUAACAUUUUGUUUUCUCCCAUUGCUGUGUACUCUACACUGAUCUGUUUUUUUAAACGUCUUUAAAGCAUUUUGAGUAUUUUAUUGAAUUAUAUGACGUCACAUUCACUCAUUUUAUUUGCAUUUUCGUGUUUUUAAGCCUACACCUUUCUCCCUUUAUUAUAAUGAUAGUUCACUGUGGAGCCAGAUCAGUCUCAAAUAUAAUACAUUUACAAAAUAUAACUCCUAUAUCCACAACAUGAUUCACAUUUACAAAAUCCAAUUCAUAAGUUAAAAACACGAUUCAUGAAUACACAAGUCAAAGUUGUAAAUUCAAAACAAUUUUCAUAAGUACACAUAUCCAAUUCGCAAAUUCAAAGCACAAUUCAUAAAUACACAAAUAUUUGUAAAUUCAAAACACAAUUUAACCAUACAGCAAUCCAAUGCUCAUGUCCAAAACAUGAUUUAUAAAUACAAAAAUCCAAUUCACAAAUUCAAAACAUGAUUCAUAAAUACCUAAAUCCAGUUCGUAAAUUCAAAAAACAAUUUAACAGUACAUAUCCAAUUCGUAAGUUAAAAACACGAUUCAUAAAUGCCCAAAUCUAGUUUAUCUGACAAAAAUAUUUAUGAUUUCACAAACUGAAUUCAGGAAUUGUUUGAUGUAUUUAUGAACUGUUUUAAAUUUACUAAUUGUAUUUGGUAAAUGUGAAUGUGCUGUGCAUGUAUGAGUUUUAGUUUGUAAGUGUAUUAUUUCUGAGACUGAUCUGGCUCCAUAGUUCACACACAAAAAUUAUUUUCUUACCUUCAAAAAUUCCAAAUAUUCAUGUUUGUUUGAUUUCUGUUGAAUACAAAAGAGAGUAUUUUGAUGUCGGAAACGAAUAGCUAUGGGCAUUGAUAGUAGAAAAUAAUUACAUUGGAAGUCAAUAGGUACCAUUUUCCAACAUUCUUCAAAAUAUUCUCUUUUGUGUUCAAAGAGAAACAAACUAAAACUGGUUUGAAACAAGUAGACUAAAGAAUGACAGAAUUGUCAUGUAUGGAUGAGCUUUCCCAUUAUUGACGAAGUUAAUAGAUUAGUGUAUGUUUGAUUUUAGGCCUUGACACAUUUUCCUGCACCUUUCUUGCCUCAGGAAAAAAAAAGAACUAUAUAAACAACUUACAUCAGCAUAAACAUGAAGUAGUGGCUUUAUUGAGUCAUUGACUUAUGGGUCAAUUUCUCUGUUAGGUUCACCCGCAAAGCUAAUAAAUAUGUUCAAGGAAAACUAUGAUGGGUCUGUGUAGAUCAGUUUUCCUAAAGCUUUGUGUGGUCUCUAACCUGAAUUCAGCUUUUUUGAUAUGUUUGUGGUGAAUUCUUUGGCAAAUUUAACUCUUCAUAUUCUUUGCUGAUGUGUUUAUAUGCUAACAUGGUGACCGUGGAAAGAUAUUAGAUAACUUUAAGAAUGAGUGUCGGUGGCAGUUACUGAAUUUUAUGACAUCCUCUUUGACAUUGUAUAGAUUGAUAUUAAAGAUGUUUGUCUGAGCUGUUGCUUAGUCGCUCUAUUGUGGCUUGAUUCACAUUUGCUCAAGACGGGCACUAGUUUUAUAUGGUCCACUCUUAUGUAUUGGGGCAUUCUUGAAGAUUUGGCCGCAGUUGUUUUGAAGUCAGUUUUAUGUUUGACUGUUGACUCAUCUAUGUUAAGAAUUUCAAUCUAUUCCAGAGUCGUGGCACUAUAAGAACAAGAUUUACGCUUGUUUUAAGAUCUAAGAGUGAAGUGUGGGCCUAUUUAUGUUGGUAAUAAAAAAAAUGCAAGGACAAGCCCUAUUGGAUGCAGAUUUGUGUGUUAAUGAAACGUAAACAUUUUCUUCUUGGCAGCUUAACAUGUUUUUAUGACUUUGCUUUCGAUGAGCCUUUUCAUUAUUUCCAAAAUGCUGUGUCAAAUAAAUAUCUACUGAUCUAA